AUGGCACCACAACUUGAUAAUGGGUACGUGUCUGGAGCAGCAAUCGCCGACAACUCAAAAACUGCGGUCAACGGUCACACCACGAAGGAGACAGAGGGAAAUCAAAGGGUGCCAUCCGAGCAUACUCAGUCCAAGGAGCCUCUGAAGUUCAAGGGAGUUCUGGAAGACUUUGAGUACUUUGAUGUGACUCCCGUGAUUGGCCGUGAAUUCAAAGACGUGGACAUCACCGCAUGGCUCAAAUCGCCGAAUUCGGACGACUUGAUACGGGAUCUGGCCAUCACCGUAUCCCAGCGCGGCGUUGUCUUUUUCCGCGCUCAAAAUAACCUGACCGACGACCUCCAAAAGCAAUUAAUUCAGCGUCUAGGAGAACUCUCAGGCAAGCCAAGCACCUCAGGCCUGCACAUCCACCCGGUCUCAAAUUCUGGUCGUGAACACAGCUCGAAAGAUGAUGAAAUCAGCGUGAUUUCCUCCCUGGCCGCCAAGUCCACAUACCCCGGCUCAGCGCUCGAUCCGAGGACCAGGAAACAAAGUCUCAAAGAUCAAUGGCAUUCAGACAUCACAUUUGAGCAGGCCCCCUCCGAUUUCUCCGCGCUCCGCUUGACUGAGCUUCCCAAGACUGGCGGAGGUAACGUCCACAUUCUCCCCUCCUUGCCCCCUUGCCCUGCAACCAAACCAAAAACCCCACUGACUAUCCCUCCAGACACGCUCUGGGCAUCCGGCUACGAGCUCUUCGACCGCAUCUCCCCCCCAUACCAAAAAUUCCUCGAAGGCCUAACGGCCACCUAUGCCCAACCACUCUUCCACAAAGCCGCCUCGACGCAAAACUUCUCCCUCCACCCGGGCCCGCGGGGCAGCCCCCUCAACACCGGCACAUCCCUCGAGGCCACGCACCCCGUCAUCCGCACGAACCCCGUCACGGGCUGGAAAUCCGUGUUCGCAGUCGGUCACCACGUAUCGCACAUCAACGAGCUGACUGCGGAUGAGUCCAAGGGCUUGUUGGACUGGUUUUUGAGACUGGUGGUGGAGAAUCAUGAUUUGCAGGUGCGGCAUAAGUGGAGGGAGGUGGGUGAUUUGGCGAUAUGGGAUAAUAGGAGUGUUUAUCAUGCUGCUACGCCGGAUUAUGAGGGGUAUGGGGAGCGCAGGGGGCAUAGGGUUGUGGGGGUGGGGGAGAGGCCGUAUUUGGAUCCGGAAAGCAACUCGAGGCGGGAAGCUCUGGCGGAGGAAAGAAUUGCUGCUGAGAGGAAUUGA